AUGCGCCAACCUUCCGGCUGGACCAAAACAUUCUGUGGACUCACCUCUAUGGGAGAUACAGAGGGCAAAAAUGGUGAUGCAAGUGUACCAGCCGAUGGAAGUUUCUUUUUUAUCGGUGAAACUGAACCCGGACGACCUAUACCGGAGAGAUUAAGAGAACGUUUACAAAAAAAACCGGAACUUCCAAAUUUCUUGGAGCGAGAAAAAGAACGUGACAAACGCGUGCAAGAGAUGAGAAAGCAGAAACUGGACAAACUGCGUGAGCACCACGAAAAGGUUCGCCGGCUCUCUGAGCAAGCAAAAGAGAGAAAGAGGUUGCAAGAAGAAAAGGCUGGUUUGCUGGAAACAAAUGUUGCCGAUUGCACGGAAGAAAAUUCACCAAAUUCGAUAUAG